GCCGCCAGCGCCCGCCCUCGGCCGCGACCCGCCGGGCCCCGCCAGCGCCUCCCUCGGCCGCGCCGGGCGCUGGGGGCGGGCGGCCUUCCUUCCCUCCCUCCCUCCCUCUCUCCCUCCCCCCCCGGGGCGGAGCCCGGCGCCAGCGGCGGGGGCGCGGAAAUCGAGGCCGGGGCUCCGCCGCGGCCUUCGCUGGUGCGGCGGGAGGAGGAGGAGGAGGAGGCGGAGGCCCCGCGCCGCCCCCGCCGCCGCCUUUUGUCUGCGCGGGGCCGGGCGGACGCGGCGGGGCCGUGAGAAUGGAAGUGACUGAAGGCCCUAUGAGAAAAAGGGAAAGCUAAGGAUGCUGGAGCAGAACAAUGGAUUUCUCUUUCUCUUUCAUGCAAGGGAUCAUGGGAAACACAAUUCAGCAACCACCUCAACUCAUUGACUCCGCCAACAUCCGCCAAGAGGAGGCCUUUGAUGGCAGCAGUGACAUUGCUGAGGAUGGGGGCCGGACGCCGUACGAGCCGGCGCUGCAGCAAAGCUUCCAGUACCCCACGCCCACGGCGGAGGAGCUGCCCCCCAUCACCAACGGGUACCCCCCGGCCAUGGGCAUGUACGAGCCCCAGGCCAAAUACCAGACGUACGCUCAGUAUCCCAACGGCUCGGCCAACGGCUUUGGGGCAGUCAGGACCUUCAGCCCCCCGGAGUAUUACCCAAUGGAGAACUCUAACGCGAGGCCGCACGAAGCUCUGGAGAAACCUUCCCCUCCCCAGCCGCCGCCGCCGCCCCCCCCCUCGGCUCCACAAGUGGGGAUUCCAAAGAAGACUGGCUCACCAGAGAUCAAACUCAAAAUAACCAAAACUAUCCAGAACGGCAGGGAAUUGUUUGAGUCCUCCCUGUGUGGGGACCUGUUGAACGAGGUGCAGGCGAGGGAGUACGCGAAGGCGAAACACGAGGGGAGGAAAGAGAAAAGGAAAAAAAGUAGCAAGCACGACUCUUCCCGGUCGGAAGAGCGCAAGUCGCACAAAAUUCCAAAAUUAGAACCAGAGGAGCAAAAUAGACCAAAUGAGAGGCUUAGCACGCCCUCAGAGAGACCAAGAGAAGAAGCCGUGCUGGAGGAAGCCCCGGUCCAGCAGCUCUUGCCGUCCCUUCCAACACAAGCCCCCCAUGACGUCAAGUUCCAGGUUGGCGAUCUGGUUUGGUCCAAGGUGGGGACGUACCCGUGGUGGCCUUGCAUGGUGUCAUGUGAUCCCCAGCUUGACGUGCAUACCAAAAUUAAUACAAGAGGUGCCCGGGAAUACCACGUCCAGUUCUUCAGCAACCAGCCGGAGCGGGCCUGGGUGCACGAGAAGCGCGUCCGGGAGUACCAGGGGCACAAACAGUACGAGCAGUUACUGGCUGAGGCUGCCAAGCAAGCCAGCAACCACUCCGAGAAGCAGAAGAUCCGCAAGCCCAGGCCGCAGAGGGAGCGAGCUCAGUGGGACAUUGGCAUUGCCCAUGCUGAGAAGGCACUGAAGAUGACCCGGGAGGAGAGGAUAGAACAGUACACCUUCAUUUACAUAGACCAAGAGCCAGAGGAGGCUUUGGCCAAGGCCAAAAAGACUGCUGCCUCCAAAGCGGAGGCCAAGAAGAACCGGCGGCCGAAGCCGGCGCUGAACACGCAGCCGGAACACGCCAACGUGGCGGCAGGAUCGUCCCCUUCCAGCGCCGAGGCACGGAGACAGGGCCAGAGGAGGCAGUCCAGUGUGGAGGAGGAGGAGGCACCUCCCGUGAAAAUCGCUUGGAAAACAGCUGCCGCUAGGAAAUCCCUCCCAGCUUCAAUAACCAUGCACAACCUGGACCUGCAAAAAUGUAACAUGUCUCCGGUUGUUAAAAUUGAACAGGUUUUUGCCCUUCAGAAUGCUGCUGGGGAUGGAAAGCUCAUCGAUCAGUUUGUUUAUUCCACCAAGGGAGUUGGUAACAAAACAGAAAUAAGCGUCAAAGGACAAGAGAAACUUAAUUCUUCAUCAGCUCAGAGGAGUGAAAAAGCAGCAGUGCAAAAUGCAUCCUCUCCUGAGACAACUUCUGGGUCAGCAGGUUCUGUAGAAAAGAAGCAACAGAGAAGAUCGAUUCGAACCCGCUCAGAGUCUGAGAAAUCCACCGAAGUUGUGCCAAAGAAGAAGAUCAAAAAGGAGCAGGUUGAAACGGUCCCACUGGCAGCAGUGAAGACGGGACUGCAGAAAGGUGCCAGCGAGAUUUCAGACUCCUGUAAGCCCUUGAAGAAGAGGAGUCGUGCCUCCACAGACAUGGAGCUGACCAGCUCUGCCUACAGGGACACGUCUGACUCUGAUUCCAGGGGACUCAAUGAUUUACAGGGCAGUUUUGGGAAGCGCUCGGACAGCCCGUCAGCCACUGCCGACGCCGAUGCCUCGGAUGUACAGUCAGUGGACUCCAGCUUAUCCAGGAGAGGGACUGGCACAAGUAAAAAAGACACUGUUUGUCAGAUCUGCGAGAGCUACGGCGAGUCGCUGCUGGCCUGCGAGGGCGAGUGCUGCAGCGUGUUCCACCUGGAGUGCCUCGGCCUGAAGGCUGUGCCCGAGGAGAAGUUCAUCUGCGCCGAGUGUAAGAACGGAGAACACACGUGCUUUUCCUGCAAGCUCCCUGGCAAGGAUGUGAAGCGCUGCUCCGUCAGCACCUGCGGGAAGUUCUACCACGAGUCCUGUGUCCGCAAGUUUGCCACGGCCCUGUUCGAGUCCCGGGGCUUCCGGUGCCCACAGCACUGCUGCACUGCCUGCUCCAUGGACAAGGACAUGCACAAAGCCAGCAAAGGUCGCAUGGCGAGGUGUUUGCGGUGCCCCGUGGCCUAUCACUCGGGAGACGGCUGCAUCGCCGCCGGGAGCUUGUUUGUGUCAUCCCACAUCCUCAUCUGUAGUAACCAUUCCAAAAGGACUCACUCCUCAUCAGCUGUAAAUGUAGGCUUUUGUUUCGUUUGUGCAAGAGGGCUGGUAGUGCAGGACCAUUCAGACCCCCUGUUCAGUUCCUAUGCCUAUAAGUCCCACUACCUACUGAAUGAGUCAAAUCGUGCUGAGUUGAUGAAAUUACCUAUGAUUCCUCCUCCUUCGUCAGCUUCCAAAAAGAAAUGUGAGAAAGGUGGCAAACUGUUGUGCUGUGAGUCCUGCCCAGCUUCCUUCCACCCCGAGUGUCUCAGCAUAGAAAUGCCUGAGGGAUGCUGGAAUUGCAAUGACUGUAAAGCUGGGAAGAAGCUGCGGUACAAGCAGAUCGUUUGGGUCAAGCUUGGGAAUUACAGGUGGUGGCCAGCAGAGAUCUGCAAUCCCAGGUCUGUGCCUCUCAACAUACAGGGCCUCAAACAUGAUAUCGGGGACUUCCCAGUAUUUUUCUUUGGUUCACAUGACUACUAUUGGGUACACCAGGGCAGAGUUUUCCCUUAUGUUGAAGGAGAUAAAAGCUUUGCUGAGGGGCAAACUAGUAUUAACAAGACCUUCAAGAAAGCACUUGAAGAAGCAGCAAAGCGCUUCCAGGAGCUGAAAGCACAAAGAGAAAGCAAAGAGGCAUUGGAAAUUGAAAGGAAUUCAAGGAAACCUCCACCCUAUAAACACAUUAAAUCCAACAAGGUGAUAGGGAAGGUUCAGAUCCAGGUGGCCGACCUGUCGGAGAUCCCCCGGUGUAACUGCAAGCCCUCGGACGAGAACCCGUGUGGGCUGGAGUCGGAGUGCCUGAACAGGAUGCUGCAGUACGAGUGCCACCCCCAGGUGUGCCCGGCCGGGGAGCGCUGCCAGAACCAGUGCUUCACCAAGAGGCUCUACCCCGACGCCGAGAUCAUCAAAACCGAGCGCCGCGGCUGGGGCCUCAGGACCAAAAGGAGCAUUAAAAAGGGUGAAUUUGUGAAUGAGUAUGUUGGGGAGCUCAUUGACGAGGAGGAGUGCCGGCUGCGGAUCAAACGUGCCCACGAGAACAGCGUCACCAAUUUUUAUAUGUUAACUGUGACCAAGGACCGAAUAAUAGAUGCUGGCCCAAAGGGGAACUACUCCCGUUUUAUGAACCAUAGUUGUAACCCAAACUGUGAAACACAGAAGUGGACAGUGAAUGGUGACAUUAGAGUUGGACUGUUUGCUCUUUGUGACAUUCCUGCAGGAAUGGAGUUAACGUUCAAUUACAACCUGGAUUGCCUGGGCAAUGGCAGGACCGAGUGUCACUGCGGAGCAGAGAACUGCAGCGGCUUCCUGGGAGUGCGGCCCAAGACAGCGUUUGCAACGGCAAAUGAAGAGAAGGUGAAGAACGCAAAGUUAAAGCAGAAGAAACGGAAAAUAAAAACAGAACAGAAGCAGAUGCACGAAGACAACUGUUUCCAGUGUGGAGAUGGGGGAGAGCUGGUCAUGUGUGAUAAGAAGGACUGUCCCAAAGCGUACCACCUCCUAUGCCUUAACCUGACUCAACCACCUUUUGGAAAGUGGGAAUGUCCAUGGCAUCAGUGCGACGUCUGUAGCAAUCCUGCUGUUUCCUUCUGUGAGUUUUGCCCCCAUUCCUUCUGUAAGGAUCACGAGAAGGGAGCCCUGGUGCCGUCGGCGCUGGACGGCCGCCUCUGCUGCUCCGCACACGACCCCAAAUCUCCCGUGGCACCCGAGUACUGGAGCAAGAUCAAGUGCAAAUUGGAAGCACAGAAUGCUGUGGAAGAGGCAAAGGAGUGAAUUUGGUUAAAGACAAACGCGGGAGGGGAGAAGAGGGGCAGCAGGCGACGAACUGGAGAGACUGCGAUGCCACGCUCAGUCUGUCCUCGGAGCCGUCGCGUGUGAGCUGGGACGGGACCAUUGACCUGAGCGAGCAGAACCAGGCAGUGGUGUUUGGGUUUUAUUGUUUGGUCUUUCUUUUGCCCUUGAAUGUGCUACAGCAGCUCUUACUGUUGGAAACCAGGAACGUCUUGGCCUUCGAAGAAAACCGUAGACCUUUUGACAGUGAAAAGAAUAUUCUGUUUAAAAUAAUGUUCUUUGAGUGUAGAAAGCAAAGCAUAGCAACAUAUUUAUUUAUUUAAUUUUGAAAGGGUGUUGAAGAUCUGGCUUUGAUCAGUCAACGUGUCUUUGAAAACAAAACAGAGAAGCCAAUGUAACUUUUGUGUCUAGUUUAUGGAAAGAGCAAAGUUUCCCCCCUCUGUAACGCUGAGAUGCCAAACAGACAGGUGUGGGUGUCAGACCAGGUGACUCUGAAAUGCCUCUGUUCCAGUACUUAUUGUUAAAGGCAUUGGAGAAGGUAGGUUGUCUCUCGUAUUAACUUAUGAAUAUUAUUGUGAAGCUUUUCCUGUGAGAAAUCAGGUGUGUGACUUCUUGGAAGUGCUUGUAACACAAGGUCUGGCAGUGUUUAAGGAGGGAAGAAGUGGUGGUUCCUUGCUCCAGAGCUGUAAUGGGUGUUUGCAGAUAGGUGAAAAUUCAGAGUUCAGUUGCACAGUGGUCGUUUCUUUCUUUAUCCCGCCCAGUUUGGGAACCAUUCCCAGGCAGGAGAGGCUCCCAGUCUCAGAGCUGGUUAGUCCCGCUGGUGAGUUUGUCAUCUGCCACUGGUACUGAGUGUGAUUCUUCAGUGCUGCCUUCUCAGGCUCCCCGUGGCUUCAGGGAAGACUUGGGCACAUGAGGGACCCGACCCGUGUGCGUGUUGGUUUGGAUUGAACGUUUAGGUUUUAUUUUUUUUUGCUGAGAGGAAUCUUCUAACUUUAAUCUUCGUUGUUAGUGGAGCUGAGGAACAUCUCAGCACUUCCUUGAUGAACAGGGUAUUUUGUGUCUGGGUAAUGGGCCGUAUCCCAGCAGCCAGCUGGAGCCUCAGGAGAUGGUUCUGUCUUGGGUUUCCUCUGUUAAUCAGAGAGACAGACUCCUUCAGCGAGGCUUUGGAAGUGGCUUAGGUCGGUUCCUGCUCCAGAUUUUCUUUAGAAAACCUAUUUUCCUCCAUUUCUUUGUGCAAGGAGCCAUGGGACACUGGUGUCCCCAGGCUGGAGUUAGUUUCGGUGACCCUCUUCCCCCAGCCCAUGAUCUCACCAUGCACUGUGUGUCACCCCUGCCCCGGUGCAGCGAGUGCUUCUGACUUGUGUGCUGAUAAAAGCUGUUCCCUGCCAGCCUUUGCUUGUGGGUAUUGAAAAUAAUCAAGUGUUGCUGGCAUCUGGCUGAAUUCAGCCUUGGAACUAAGAACCUUGCCUCUGGAAAACUGCUUACACAAACCUCUGGGAACAUGGGGAAUUCUCAGAUCGAGGAAAUGGGCUGAAAAAGUCCAUGUGGGAUUUAGAACACGCCUUGCCUCUGCCCAGUGUCCUCCUCAUCCUCGAAUUUAUGUACGGGGGAAAGUUGUUUUUUAUUUUGUGUGUGUGUGCAAUUGUAGAAUGACAGGAUACACUACAGUCCCUGAGCAGCUGCUCUGCCAUGGGCUCAGCUCUGACACCCUUGGGAGGCAGAACCUGUGGGUGUCUGGGGCAGCCCUGGGGCAGCAGCUGCUGGGACCUCUAAAGCACUUCAUGCCUUGGGCUGUGCUCUGGUGAGGGUCUGACACUAACCCUGCUGGAAAGCAGUGCUGGAUUUUGGUAUUUUUUACAAAAAAGGAUUUUAUUUUUCUGAGCAUUUUGUGUGAGAAAUGUCUCUUUUUAAGCUCCUUGCUGAGGAUGUUUAACCUUCCCAGAAAUUCCAAACACGGCUCUUGCUACAGCAUUCGUGGGGCCCGAGGUGUCCACUUUAUAUGAUUUAUUAGGCUUGAUAAAGUUCACUGGUUUUCUCCUGGGAAGUCAGAGCAUUCUGAUGUUGCAGGUAUCAGCUGAUACAUUAUAUAUAUAUUAUAUCUAAAAUAUAUAUAAUAUAUAUAUGAUAUAUUGUUAAUAUCACCCUGCCAUGUGAGGGCACCAACCUGCUCCCUUCAUUCUGUGUCCAUGGGGACUUGCUGAGCAGAAGGAAGUGGUGUGGCAGCACCAGGACACCUCGGGAGUGUUGAACAGGACCAUCAGUGCCCAGCUUGGCCGUGCUGUGGGGCUGUGCUGGAGCACUGAGAGUCACAGGACAGGAGAGGGCCACAGAAGGCUUAAAACUUGUCAAAUGCUGUGACUGAGGCUGCUGCUCCUCCUGUGCCACCCCACUCGAUGUCUUGGUUUGCUUUGUGUUCAAACUUCUUACAGGUGCUUCUUUUUUCCACCAAAAAAAAAAAUGAUUAAUAACAACCAACAGCUGGCCUUGAACUCAGAAGGGGAAACAGGAGAUGGUUUGUGAGGUUGUGCAGUUUGUGAACAAAACACUGAACUGAAGAGAAGGUGAAUCUUUCAAAAGGCUUUAACGUUGUGAGAUGAGAAGAUGCCAAUUCAGAGUAUCUUGGUGACUGGAGGGGCUGUUCUGAGUGCCAGACUCAGAUGUUAAAAUGCAUAUUUUAACCACGGCUUUGCAGACUGAGUAACCAGAAUGCUAUUCCUUAGUGCAGUUCCUUUGUAAGGAGAAGAUUGCACAGCUGUUCUGAUGAAGUGGCUUCAGCAGAGGGGAAGGCAGCUGCUGAAUUAAUUUGUGUGGGCUCCAAAGUAAGGAAUCUUGGAUAGUUUGGUCGCUUCAUGCUGAGGCCUGGAGGAGAUCCACAGAACUGGUGAUUUUGGUGGAGAGCUGCAGCGUGCUGUUCCAGCCUGUCGGUUGUUCCUUCAUGGGAACGCACUGGCACAGUUUUCCCAUAGUUUUGUGUUGAAUUUUUGGGGUGGGCCCCACACUUGUGGUGACCCCCCUGCCUCCAGCUGUGGCACCUGGGCAGUGCCUGAGCUGCUCUGCCCAGGUGAUGGAGUCUGUGCUUUACUGGAGCUUUUCCUCUGCAGCUGCUCCUGAGCACAGCACCAGAUGUCCUGCAGCCCUUGGCCAGAUGAGUCUAGAAGGUAGAAUUCCAUGAUUUUGUGAUUCCAGUGGUGCAGAGGCUGGUUCCAUCACUCCUGAACACACAGUGCAAGCAUUUGCUGUUGUAGCUGUCGGAUUAUUGUGUAGACUUGUCCUGUCUGUAGACUGUUGAAGGCAUUUGCAGCUCAGGAAGGCAAUUUUGUGGGCAAAUCACCUUCUCUGGUCACCACAUGGUCUUGGAGAAUCUGUUCAAAUGGAGUAAUAGGGCUGGAACGUGGAUUUUUGGCCUUUCUUAUAAAAAAACCCCAACUUCUUGUAUCUUAAUUUCAGGAAAGAGUGGGAAAGACACAAUUACUAAACAUAAUUAUCAAUGAGCAUAAAAUCUGUAUAUAUUGAAACUUUACAGAAUUAUGUGGGCGGGGAGGGGGGAGGGUGGGAUGGGGGUGUCCGACGCUGGUACGGAGAAGUCACUUUAACAUGGAAACCUCUGCCUCAUGAAUUCAGGGUUUAAUGUACUUGAAGCUCUGCGGUUCCUUUUACAGCUUUUUUUUUUUUAUUUAUACAUAAUUUUUUGUAUAACUGCAUUGAAAAUGUCCUUGACUUCCCCCCAAGUUCCUUCCUGCUCCCGCUGUGCAGUGGAUCCACGGCAAGGGAGGGUUUGGAAGCUGUCUCGGAGGUGUGUGUUCCCCAGGUGUUGCGUGGGAGACGGCGACCUUGGAGCGAUGCUGUCCCUUUGCUUCCCAUUCCCAUCAGCUUUCCCCGCCGUUUCUCUUUGUGUAGCAAAAACAUUUUGCACUUACAAUACACUCCUACACGCUGGAUGUGUUCCCAGUGUUGUUCUGAGGAAAAACGAAGAAAAGCAAAGCUGUUCCCUGUGAUACUGUAUUCCUGAGUGAGCAGCUCAGGUCCCUGUUCCCCUGGGAGGGGUCUCGUUGUUCCGGAGCGGGAGGUGGGGAGCUGGGACUGGGCUUUGUGUAGGGGAUUUCUGUGAUUAAUGUGAAUCAAAAAGGGAAAAUGUACUAAUUUGCCAAAGCCAUUCACCACUCCCUGUUCCCUGGGGCUGUGCCCUCCCCAUGCCACCACCAGCUCUGGGGGCCAGGCGGCUGCCUGGGGUCCCCUCCGGAGAUCCCAAUGGAGUGGGGUCCCCUCCGGAGAUCCCAACGGAGUGGGGGUCCCUCAGAGGCCCCCACCAAACAGUUCUCACUGGCGUUGGGUCAUAAACAGACUGGAUGACCCCCCACGUUCCCUGUUCCCAGGUGGAGCUGUAUCUCUGUCUGUGUCACUUUUCCAACGAGCCAAUGGUGUUGCCACAGCCCCCGGGGUGAUCACGUCCCGUCUGAGCCAGGGGGUGGGGGGGAUUUGCAUUUGGGGUGCUGUGAGGACCCCAACCCGUUUGUCUCCACGCGAGUGAUGUUGCACAAACACAGAUCCCUGCGGAUCCGCCUCCAUCCCCACGUGCUCUGUAAGAUGGACCUUUGUAGAGUUGUUAUUUCUGUAGACUUUGUUUAUCUGUAACAAACUUUGUAGAUUCUGUGAAAUGUUAUUUUAACGAAAUCACUCGAGUCUUUACUAGCAAAGCAUCGAUAUUCACCGAAGUCGGUCUGGAGGAGUUUUGGACGCUGGCGCAGCCCUGACACUGAGGAGGAGUGUCCGAUCCCACGGGGCAUUACUGUAUCAUGACUUGAUGUUGCCGCAUAGACUUUGAGAUAUCCGAUAUUUUGGGGGGUUUGUGUUGGCCUCUGUCCUCUUGCAUAGUGUGAAGCCUGUAAAGCUGGUUCCCUGUACAUAGAUAGCUCCUGUCCUCUAGGUAGAGCGUAUCGAGACUUGCCUGUAAUAUUUUAGCUUCUUACUGACUGUGUGUGAUGGUAGAACAUAUAAUUUUUGUACAUUCUAUUUACUGAGAUGUUGCCUUUUUUUUUUUUAUUUUAUUUGACAAAUACUCUGGAAUUCAGAUGUGGUUUUUUUGGUUUGUUUUUUUUUUGUUUGUUUCUUUUGUUUGGUUUUGUUUUCGGUUUUUGUUUUGUUUUGUUUUGUUUUUUUUUUUUGCUUUUCCGUGAGGAUUCCUUUGGAAAGGUUUUUAAUGACAUUCCACUGAUCUGAAAAUUUUUGCUUGAGGUUGACUUCAAUAAAUCGUUCUGAAUGUUCCAA